AUGCUCUCAUCGAAAUGGACAUCUACCCCACGAGAGUUUCCGACUUCGGGGUUCGAGUUACUCGACGCAUCGUCAAAGAUUGAAGAGGAAACAUUGCCAACGUAUUCUCCCGAAAAAUACUAUCCGGUCCAACAAGGAGAGGUUUUCAACGACAGGUACCAAGUGCUAGCCAAGUUAGGCUAUGGAGUAACCUCGACCGUUUGGUUUGCCCGUGACUUGGUUGCCCCAUCUAAUGCAUGGAACGAUGGAACUAAAGUCGAAAAAGACAUCCAGUUAAAAAACCUACUUCUUCCCACGCCUUCAUCAUCGGCACUUGCGGAUUUUGAAGAACGUGAAAUAAAGGUUCCUGCAGCAAGGAAGAUCCUCAAAGACCGGACUGUCUAUACAACGUCGCGCUUUCCUGCAGGAGACGGACUCCCAUUGCUAGGUGAUUUUGGAGAAGCCCGAUUUGGCGACGAGGAAAAUAUUGGAGAUAUCAUGCCAGACUAUUACCGUGCCCCUGAAGUUAUCUUGAAAUCAAACUGGGACUACAAGGUAGACAUCUGGAACGUGGCCAUGAUCGUAAGUGCUUGA